CAUCGUUGUGCUGGACGGAUGCAACGCACAGACUUCUUACUGCACACAUACAACAUUUAACUAUUAUCAGAGUAUGUUUUAAAAUAUAUAAAAUAUUUUAAAGAUGCAUCUAUGGAAGUGGCCGCUUUUAUUCCAGUAAUUUAUCAUUUAAUUUUGGGGCGCGAUGCAAUCGGAGCAACUCUGGCUGGUCGAAACGAGCAUUGAUUUUAUUUUAUUUUUUCUUUAAUUAUUAUUGGAGGAAGAAUUCAAUGACCAAACAUCUUCCUUGGAGUUAUUAUUGUUUCGGACUGAGAGGAUUGCUGUGAGUCUGUUUUGCGAUGAUCGCCACCCGGUGUCAAAUUUGCCAAUAAUCCGCGUUGGACUCUGUGGAGAUUAAAAUAACCCCUGCACAACGGGAGAGACAAUUGAGUGACACUGACAAAAAAAAUUAGAUUAAAAUUAAAAAGAAAGAAAGUGGAGGGUCUCCGGAUCAACUUCCAAAAGUCUGGAAUAUUUGGAUCGAUGAUUUCCAGAGGAGAGAGGAGCAAAUACACUUAAAUCGGCAACAUGUUCAAAAGGGGCUGUGGGCUGGAGUUCCUGCUGGUCCUCUGCGGCCUGGAGUUUUCCUGGUCCUGUCCCCGUCACUGCAUCUGCUACACAGCGCCAAGCACCGUCUCCUGCCAAGCACACAACUUCCUGACAGUCCCCGAAGGCAUCCCGCCUGACAGCGAACGCAUCUUCCUGCAGAACAACAAGAUCCACAGGCUACUCCAAGGUCACUUUAGCACCAACACGGUGACCCUCUGGAUAUACGCCAACAACAUCACAUACAUCGAGCCCUCGACCUUCCGCGGCUUCACGCUACUGGAGGAGCUGGAUUUGGGAGAUAAUCGCCACCUGCGCUCCCUGGCUGAAGACACUUUCCACGGUUUGAAUCGGCUCAGUGCUCUACACCUCUACCGCUGCGGACUCAGCUCGCUUCCGAAUAACAUCUUCCAAGGACUACGGAGUCUGCAGUAUCUCCACUUGCAGCAAAAUCAUCUGAAGUUCCUGCAGGAUGACACGUUCGCUGACCUUCACAACCUGAGCCACCUGUUCCUCCACGGAAAUCACCUGUGGAGACUCAACCAGAACACUUUUCGGGGUCUUCGGUCCCUGGAUCGUCUCCUUCUGCAUGAAAACCAGAUCGAGUGGGUUCACCACCUGGCGUUCCAUGACCUCAAACGUCUCACCACCCUCUACCUGUUCAACAACUCACUCAUGCAACUAUCAGGGGACAGCUUGGACACGCUGCCCGCUCUGGAAUAUCUGCGUCUCAAUGACAAUCCCUGGUCAUGUGACUGCAAGGGCCUCACACUAUGGGAGUGGUUGAAACAUUUUAGAGGCUCAACUUCCUCUGUUGGCUGCCAGGCACCUGUGGACAUGGUUGGAAAAGACCUGAAGGAACUGCGCAAGGAGGACUUCUCCAACUGCUCCCCAAAUUCUGAAUCCAGAGCUCAAACCAACAAUUUAUCCGGCACGGUCAGCCCACCAUCCAUGAAUCGUGGAGUCGUGGCUGGUUCUGGAGGCCAGAGUAAUGUGGUGAACCCCUCCAGGGCUGGCCGUCCUCGUAACUGCUCGAAGAACCGCAGUCGGGGGAGCAAAGGGAAGGGUGACAACGAGGUCCACCACUCAAAGGAGGUCAUGGCAGACAAGGAGGAUUCCUCUCCUGAUUUCUCAGAUGGAGGAAAACACGAUCACACGUCUCCAGACGGUACUGUCACGAGAAGGAAGCACAAGUGUGUUCCGCGGACCACUGUUCGACCCCCGAGUGGGGUUCAGCAAGCCAACAACAGGGCAACCUUAUCGCGGCCCUUAUUAUACGUCUACGCCCUUGUGGUUGCCUUGACGACAACAAAUACUGAUGUUAUUCUGCGCUGAUCUAUGGAGAGUCUAGUUAAAGGUUACUGCAAAGGACACAGCCCUCAAACAUACUCUCUCGCUCCUGGCCCAUGUGUCUUUUGUGUGUGUGUGUGUGUGUGUGUGUGUGUGUGUGUGCGCGCGUGCGUAAUUAUUUGUAAGUGUUGUAUAAGAACCUUAACCAUUCCGAUGAGCACAAGCAUACAAAUAUCCACAACAGAAGGACUCGCAAGAUGUCCCACUGACUAAAAGCUCAUGCAGACCAAGCAUGCACUGCCACUAAAGCCAGCUUCUAUAUUCAUGUGUAUUUUUGUUGUCUGUUUAAGCUCUGGACCUCAAAUAACCAAAUAUUGUGAAGAGGCGAGCGUAUAAGCAGUAAGACAUAAAUUUGGUCUUCAACAUGUUCCAUCGUGCGCGACAGUUUAACUGGAUAGUCGAUGACUGACCAUGUAGGGCCUCUAUCACGCUUUAAUUCCUUCCUUGCUAGCAGCAGCUCCAAAAAGAGCAUAAAUAUUCAUUAACAGACCGAGGAACGUAAAUAUUCCUCCUACAAAAUGGAAUUUAUAGCCACUGAUGAUUCAAGGCCAUAAAUAGCACGGAUAAGAAGCUCUUUCACAGCAAGAAAUCGCUACAACUAACUCCACAAAGUAAGCUUGCGAUCCCCCCCUCCAAUAUGCGAGGCUGCCUUCUCAUUUAAACAUUCUCUCCUGUUCGACUGGAUGUGAAGCUGAUAAUUGUGUCCAAAUGCUGUGGACUGCCAUGUGCUAUAUCCCAUUCGCUGGAUUCCAUGUGACAAACACGUGC